AGUAAGCAUACUAGUUUAUCAUGAAUAUCGCAAUUGCCUUGUUCCUGUGCGUAUUGGUAGCCAAUGUGUUGGCAGCUCCGUCGCCUAUAGAAGAAGUUGAAGAAAAUGGACAUGUCCGAGUAAAGCGAUUCACCUGCGACGUAAUUGGAUCCAUUUCAUAUGCCAAGUUUAAACUGAAUGACGCUGCCUGUGCUGCUCACUGCAGACUCAAGCAUAGACCAGGAGGAUGGUGUGACCAGAGAAAGGAGUGUCAUUGCAGAUAAAUGUCUAAUAAGUCCAUAGCAUUUUAUAUUUCCUUAUUUAUUACUUUUUAGUAGAUGUUUCUAAUAAAAAAUUAUAAACGAA